GCAUAAUGUGUCCCGUAUAUUUAGCUAGUGCGGUAGCAAAAUUUGUGCGAUUCCAGUCGUACAGGCUACCAGAAUAAGGAGCGUUCAUAUCUCAAACUAUCGAGAGGUGUUCACAUCUACAAUUAGGACACACCUUUCUAUUGUGCAGAUACAACAGGACAUGCAACUUCCUUUUCGUCGAAGUUCCGGUCUGAUCGUUAUGAUCGUAAUGUUACUCGUGACUUACUCAUCGUUGUUGCUCUGCAAACGGGAGACUGUUACAGAAAUUAUUAAGCUACCUCUUCCUGCUACAAGAACCAAUGCAUUUUUCCGCUUUAAGCUAAGAAAGGAAUCAUUGAAGCGAGCCUGCGCACAAUUUCGGCAAUUUCUUACGGAGAAAGAGAAGCAAAUUUUGUACGCCACAAUGGUGGUGGACGAUGAACACCGACUUAUUUGGUGUCCUGUCAGAAAAUCCGGGACAAGAUCCUGGCGUAGCAUAAUGCUCAUCCUGGCGGGAUGGUUUCUGGACGUAAAGGAGGCGCUAGACCACGCCAUGCACCACGACUUCCAGUAUCUAACGCGCUUGAGUAAAAAGUAUCACAGCAAAGCGGAUAUCGAGUGGAGGUUGAAGAACUACACGAAAUUCAUGUCGUACAGAGAGCCUCUUCAACGUGUCGUUUCCGACUACAGACAGAUUAGAUUGCAUAAAACUGCUGGUCAAAAAAAAGUUUGCAAAUGGGUUGUACAGUACAACAAGCGUUUUAAUCGAGGAAAGAAUAAAAGGGAUGAUCGGAACAACAUCAGCUUUCCUCAUUUUGUCAAUUAUAUUACUCGUUUCUAUGGGAACAAAGUAAAGUAUUUAGAUCUUAACAUUCAUUGGAGACCAAUUAAUUUGAUUUGCCAUCCUUGUCACAUUGAUUAUGAUUUCCUCGUUGACAUGGAUAGUACUGGUCUUGCUGAGGAAUCAGAUUAUCUCCUCAGAUCUGUUGGAGCUCCCUCUUGGCUGCAUUUGCCGCACGACAAUCGAUCGGGUAACGAAACAAAGUACAGCUUUUUGGCUCAGCUUUCGACCGCUCAGUUUCAACGUCUUCGUGAUCAAUACGACGACGACUAUGAGAUAUUUGGAUAUCAACGUCUCAAUCAACAUGAAUAAAGCCUGUGAUAACAAUAGCUGAUUGGUUGUGCAAAGAAUUUGAUUGUGAUAUAAUUAACUGUUUUCAGUAUAAAUAUCAUGUUAGUCGCUUGUGUAGUACGUCGUUAAACCUCGCUUUCUUCAAAUUCGGUACAAAGUACUAUAAUGUUAGCUAACUGCAAGUUGCUUAUGUAAAAAUUUAUCUUAAGGUCAUGUGACCUACAACCAAUCACGAUCGCGUACUUAGAUGGUGUAUAUAAAGUAUUGCACUACAGGUAAAAACUGUGCACUAUAUGUGAUUGUAUAACUGUGCAAUACAG